CUUUUCUUUUAUUUUUUUAUUAUUAUUAUUUUACAAACCUGAAUAAAAAAUAAUUUAAGAAUGAGACUCUUUUUGACUGCUUUGAUAUUAUUUGUAUUUAUAUUAAAUAAAGAUUAUCAAGUUUUCGCUCAAGCGGCAUCAAGUUCAAAUGUUACAGGUACAAAUACAGGAACAAUAAUAGCUACUUCAAUAAGUAAUACAGCAGCACCUGCAUCAUCGUCCUCACCACCAUUAGCUGUAGUGAGCGGGAAUCAAACACUAUCCAACAACAAUCAAACAGUCACAGCAUCUAACAAUGGAACUCAGAAUGAUUCGUUAGGAGGUCUACCAACAUCAGCAAGCUUUGGUAACACUGUCUUUCCAGGUGGUGCUAGUUUUAUUAAACCUACAGCAAGCAAAUCAGUUUCACCUCUCUAUCGUAUCGAUAACAGAGAGAAUGUUACUUUUAUAUGGACCUUUACAGACUUGAAAGUUGCGCCUGUUAAUUUGACUUUAGCUGCUGUAGCACCUAACAAAGUAACUUAUACCAUCUCUACUUUACCUGGUCAUGCCACAAGUGCUGUAUGGCAGAUUAAAGAUGUACCAACUGCUUCCCCAUUAAUGAUGGGCAUGUACCAAGUCCAACUAUAUGAUCAAAGAGGAGUUUCAGCUAAUCCACAACCUGGUUGGUUAGCACCUAAUACAAGAUUAACUAUUGCAUUUUAUUCCCCAGAGACUUAUCAAGCUGGUACAGGAUCUGAUUAUUGCCCAGCUUGUUUUUAUAAUGCUAGUAGAAAAAUGGCAGAGAGUUUAGGACCUAUGAUUAUUGCAGUAGGAUUAGCAGGUGUUACUUCAGCUAUGAUCUUGUGGGGUCUUUUAUUUUAAACUUUGUGUACAUCUAUUUAAAAUAAAAAGAAUAAGCAAGCAGAUAUGUACUUUUAGAACCAUAAAUGCUUUUCUACAUAAUAUACAUGUAUA